CAGCAGAGAGCUUCUCAUCCAUCUUCUUCUUCUGUACAUAUAAAUCUUAGGGUUUCCUUUGAUUCCUAUAACCCUAAUUCAGCUAGCUAUGGGUUCGGAUUCGAAGAGGUUGAGAGUGAUGACCACGAAAACAAUGGUGUCUGGCAAGGAGAAGAUCGGAGCGGUUUCGCGCGUUGUAGAUAACAAUAAGAUUGCCGUCACUGUUCCGGUUCCUGCGCCUAGAAAUCCCAUAGGGUUGACCUCUGCACCGGCUCCGGUCUGCUGCCACCGGCGGCUUUUGUUUCAGAAUUACUUGAACUUCAAGCGGAGCUGCGAGCCGGCCCGGUUCAUGCGGUACGAGAACGGCUCGUGGGUGGAUACCGAGACCGGCGUGUUGGAGGCGGUGAAAUCGGGGUUCGUGAGAGGCAUUUCGGUUGUCGAGGCUGAAAUUGGAGUCUCCAAGUGUCUUUUCGACUUGCACCGGAUGAUAGAAAUCGAUCUGGGUACCGGGAAUUUCCGAUCAAUUGCGUGGAUUGAUGUGAAAGGUGCGUGUUUUUUCCCGAAAUCAUCUGUGAGCUGCUAUAAUUGUGAAAAGGAUUCGGUUGAUUUAGAUGAGAACUCCAGUGAGAGCCGGAAUUGGGUUUGUCCAAAACUUGAAAUUGCGAUUGAAAUUACUGGAAAUUUCCUGAAGUCGGCUAAGAAUUCCAAUGAUAACGAGGUGGGAUCAAACAAGCGAAAGAGGGAGAGCAAUGAACCUGAGAUGGAGGACACGUUUGAGGGAAGUUCGUCCAACUUUCAGGCGAAAGGGGAACAUGUGGAAGAGAGUGAAUUUGUUUCUCCCAGGUGGCCGAAAACAAGGAUGCUGGGGGAGCAGGAGAAAGGGCAUCAGAUUGUGAGGAAUUUGUUUGCCCAAGGUUUGGCAGUUGUGGAACCAGGUGCUGCAAUCACUGCCAUCCAUCGUGUUCUAAGAGGUCCAUUGGAGAAAGAUCAAUGUGAUGCCUUCUAUAGGGAGGCAGAUCUUGUGAGAGAGGCUAGGGGGAACCCUAAUGUGGUUUUGGCUUGGUUUGGGACUACAACAGAGGGUGUGGAGAGAAUCAUGAGUCAUGGGAUUGGAGCACAUGGAACAGGGACCCUAGGUGUUGCUUUAUACCUGUCACCCGCUCGAUCACCUAGAAUGAGUGCAAUGAUGGCUCAAGUAGAUGAAAAUGGUGAAAAACAUAUAAUUUUGUGUCGAGUUAUAUUGGGGAAAUGUGAGAAGAUAGAGGCAGGGUCUUUGCACUGGAGCCACUCAAGAAUUGAUUUUGAUACGGGCGUGGACGAUCUGAAAGAGCCACAAUGGUACGGUGUGUUUAGCGCCAAUGCGAACACCCGCGUUAUACCGGAGUUUGUUCUUAGCUACAGACCUGCUAAGGGUGUUCCAGGCGAAAUAACUUCUGCGUAUAUGAAAUGUGCCCCAAACGAUGCACGUGGAUUUUAUGUAAAGCUGAUUACAAAGUUGAGAAGCACUCUUCCUCCUCCAAAGCUGCAUGAGUUACAAACCCUGUAUUGCUCAUGGAAGGAUGGGAAACUUGGAAAAGACGGUUUCAUGAGAGAAUUGGGAUCGGUUAUUGGUGGCGAGAAGCUCCGCUCCAUUAUUCAGGAAAUUCGUGGUUGAGAGAGAUUUUUCUUAGUGUAGUUUUUUAUAGUUGGAAUGACUUUGAAAAUGUUAACAAAGAAUCUUAUACAAGACAUGAAAUAUAGAGUCAAGCCUCAG